ACUAUCCUUAAGCAUACCCCUCAGUACUGCUACACCCAUCACGUCAGAAUAAAUAAGGUUAGACAUUGAAAAAUUAAGUUUCAAUGCUUUAUCAAAUAACACUGCAUGAACAAUGCUUCCAACCCUCUUUCUAUGCAUGAUGGUUAUGAUGGAUACAAAAAAUAUAAUAUAAUAAUACUGACCUCCACCGAUGUGAAAUGUUUCCUGCUGAAAGUUUUCACGCAAACUAUGAAGAGUAUCAAGGAUAAUAUCAACAAGAGGGCAAUGCGUCAUUGCCCACCAGGACUUGCAAUGAAAUUCACUGUCAUGUUUGAUGACACUUGCAUACUGCUAAAAUCUUUCUUCAAGUUGGAUAAUGGUAGAAUGGCUGCUAUUGUUAAUCUUGAGAAGGUAGCCAACUGGAGGGAAAAGGAUGUGAAGAUUGUGUUGAGUGUUCUCAAUCAGGACCAAUACUACAAGUGUGAUUUUAUAUGUGGACAGCAAUCUAAAUGUCUACUGGGACUGGGUCAAAAGGAGAUCAAAUUUGCAGGAUUUACAAAAAUUGAGAGUACAGGACAUGUGAAACGAUUCAGGCUGGAGGAUGGAACAUCUGGUGAUUCAGCUUUUGAGAUUAGCAUCUACAAGGCUGUACGCAUACCUAUGCCACUGCCAUCUACUGGGGGAUAUGACGAAGUUGAUGGACCAUGCAUUGUUCGUGAAAGGAAUAAGCCAUCAGUUGAGCGUUAUGUCACCAACAAUGAUUAUAGCCGAGGAGAAAGACUUCUUCAGCUGUAUAUUCUGUUCAAUACUGAAGAUUGAUUAUAAAUGUUUGUCAAUAAAUACUGUGUGUGUAUGUGUAAUGAACCAUUUGUUAUUAUUGAUUAUCCUACUUCCUCAUAUAGGUAAGAAAUUAGGUUGCUAUGCUUUCAAUGAAGACAGUUUCAACGACCCCACUCCUCCGCUGUCAUGAUAUGUUUACAGUUUUUUGUCUACUGCCUAAUAUCUAUUGGCAUGUUGUAACAGGUUGACCAAGAUGCAAAAUAUCAAAAGAUAUCCAUUGAGGUGUAAUGGUAUACAACCCUGUAUACUUACCUCAACAAUUGGGACCCUACAUCAAUCUAUACCCCCCUGAAGGUUCGAACCUGGGACCUACAGCAUGGAAAGCAACACCGCUAACCACUACACCACAAUGGAUAUCUGUUUAUUUGAUGUUUUUUGAAUCCUUGUUAAGCAGCUUACUCUGUAUGACAUGGUAAAGGAUAAUGAAAACUCAAUAGGAAAUUGUUCAAUUCUUUUUUAUAUGUACGUGUAUGUGCUACAGUGCAGUUAAAGUAAGUACAAUCUAUAUUGUUUAUUAUUAUUUUAAAAGACCCAUUUUGAUUAAAAUACUUUUAUUUUCAAAAUUUAUUACAAGUAAACAAUACAUUUUUUCUGGAAUUUGUUACAUCGAGAUAAAUCUUAUAAGACAAUACAUUUCUGAAUUCUUAAGCAUAAUGUUACAAGUAUACAGCAAUACAAUUUUUAGAAUUUCAAGCAUCAAAUUGUUACAUCAAGAUAACUCUUAUAAAACAAUACAUUUCUGUAUUUUUAAGCAUAAUGCUACAAGUAGUAUACAGCAAUACAUUUUUAGAAUUUUAAACAAAUUUUCAAGAAUUUUAAGCAAAUUUUCCAAAGUAUACAACAUCUUUACAAUACCUAUUGAUAAUACAAUCCAAUCAGCUUAUGCAUUUAGGCUUCGGAACAUAGAAUUCCAUUUUUGAAAAAUUCCAAUGUAUGUGUACGAUUAC